CUUGAUAAUGUAUUUAAUUAAUAAAAACAAAACCGGUUAUAGUAGAUAUAAUAAUAUUAACUCGGAAACACGGAUACUAAUACUUGAAUGCAAUAGUUAAAUAUAUAUUUAUAGUUACAGACAUGAAUAACUUAUACGGUGUGGUUUUUAACAAUUAUUAUUAGGUGUUUCUUUGUGUUUUCAUAGGUUUGCCGAUAUACUUGUAGGUACGUUUAGCUACUCAGUUCUUAAAAAAAAAUACAUUUUAUUUAGAUUGUUGACGAACUUCUAGUGUGUAUGUAGUUUUUGUAAUUUAAUUCAUGAUUUGUUAACGUAUUUAGUGAAUCUUAGUACCAAAACGAUGGAUAUAUUAUUUUAAACAACUAUAUUAGUCGUUCGGAAAUCAAUAAUUUUUUGAAACUAUAUUACAGUUUAUCGAAACGUAAUGGCCGUAAACAAAGACGUUCAUAAUUACGACGUAAAAGUGAUCAAUGCGUAUAAAUGUUAUUACGGAGGUGUUAAUAUAAUUAACGGCUUAAACAUGAACGUGAAAUCAGGCUCUAUGUAAGUAUCUUUUACUACUUUGAUUUCCAUAAUAAUUAUUAAUAUUUGUUUGUAGGUAUUUUUUCCAAAAAAAAAGCAUGUAAAAACAAUUUUGAUUUAAUUUUAGAUUCUGAAUGGAGUGAGGGAUUUAUUGGUUUUAAUUCUGUUUGUGUAUGUGAGCAACUUUUCUAUUAAGAAAUUUUGCACUAGUCCAAAAAUAAAAAGAUAUAUAUUUCACGGACUUAAAAAUAAUUGGAGAAAAUAGGAAAAACACGUAUAGGGAAAUUUAACACAAGUACAACUAAGCAACUCGAUAAGUUGUACUUAGCGGUCAAAUAAAAAAAUUAGAGUGUAUUAUAGUAUUUUUCUUAUCUAUAAUUUUGUGAUAUAAUUUGGAUGAAAAUCCUAAAAAUAACUACAUUUUACUACAUGUAUAAUUGACCUUCGGUUAGCCACGCAAAGUGUCUUAUUCAUAAAUGUGUUAAAUUUGUUUUAAUUUGUUUUUACUUAAGGGGAUUGAUCGAGUUUUUCAAAUGUUAUAAAUCUAAUUUACUUUCCAUGUAAUUCUAAUUUAAGAUAAAAGGACGGUGUUACGGACGAAUAUGACGUUUUAGACUGAAAAGACAAACAAAACUAUAGGUAAUUUAUUUGAUGGUUUUAAAUUUUUAGAUUCUGAGCGUAGCAAGGGAGCUAUUGGUUUUACUAAGGUGUUUUUUUCUUUUUCUAGUCUGUGGACACGUUUUUUUCUAGUAAACUUGCUCCGAUUUUUACGUGUAACCACUUUUCUGAAAGUUUAUGUUGUCUAGAUUGUACUUUAAAGAUUUAUAUUUUGAUUUUUUAUACCAUUUUGUAUAAAUAAAAGCAAAUAAGUUGAAAACAACGUAGGAAAACGUACAAUUCCACGAUUUCAUUAUUUUAUAAAAAUACGGACGACGUUUUCAACUAGAAAAAAUGAUUUAAUCGAAAAAUCAAAAGAUAAAUUUUUGUUUUACUGUCUUAUAUUUGAUAUCAUUGCCAAAACUUUUGAGGUACUUUUGAGCUUUGAAGGAAUUUUAAUUGUUGGACAUUUUUUUUCUGUUAUUCGGUUAUAAAUACACAUAGAUACUUGAAACUUGGUAAUAAUAUUUUUAUUGGACUUAUCUAGAUGAGGUAAAAGUUUCAAAAUCAUUGGACAACUCUUUUUCCUUUUUUUAAUAAGCGUUUUUAAAUCAAAUUUUUAACGAAAAUCUCAAAAAAAAAUACGGCUCCUCAAAUUAUGUAUGCGCUCGGAAUCGUCUUUCGUCAGCAAUGGUUUAUCUUUGCUUACAGAUAUCAAUGAAAUAAUCUUAUGUAUUCUACCUUCUAAACUUCCUACCCAUAACAGUGGCUGCACGUGUCCCCACUACCAGCUCUUUUUUUUAAACUAUUAUAGUUUUUUAAGUUCUUUACUAGGAUAAGUUGGUAUUCUGUUUUCAAAAUUUAAAUCUGUAAAACACUAAAAUUCCAAAAGUUUUUUCUGAAUUUUAGGUCUGAAUCGACUAAAAUAUACACUAUCAUUCCUAAAAAAAAUGGUCCGGAUGUUGUUUACUAAUUUUUCCUAAAAAAAAAUUAGACACUGCUUAGCUACAAUAAUACCUGGAAUGCGACGGUACAAGAAAAAAAAAUGGCGUUCAUUAAACAUUAAAUAAAACCGUACCUAAUUCCUUUUUAAUGUUAGUGUUACAUAGAUUUUAAAUACAAAUAUGAUUUUUCAAAUUACAUUAUUUUUAUUUAGUUCUCGGUAUCUCUUCUUGAUAAUUUAUCCUUGUACUUCUUUAUUAUACUAAAAUGGCCAAUAAUUUUUUUUUACUUCAUAUACUUGAAUCACCAGUUUAAGUACUAACCGACUAUAAUAAAAAUAAAUAGUUUCACCAGUACCAUAAUAUAAUAAUAGUCAUCAUCAUAUAGUGACCGGUAUCGCUAUAAUAUAAAAAGCACCCUGUAAUAAACCUAAAAAGUAUUACCUGUCCGCAGUUGUUCAUAUGUAUUUAUUAAAAUAACUAUUUAUUAACUAAAAUUAUAAGCUUCUUCGCGCCACCUCAGAAUCUAAAAUUGUUUUUAUAAAAUACUAGAUAGCAUGAUAUUAAAUAAAUAAAAUAGGGAAAUCAUAUCGCAAUGCCAAGAACAAAGUUAUUUCAUCUUCGUAUUAUACUCUGUAUGGCUUUAUAGGAAUUUGUUUAAAAAAAUUCCAAGGUUUUACUGCAUUUUAAUAAAUUGCAUGUAAAACAAUGCAAAUAUAAUUAAAUAAUAUUCUAUUUUUAUCUAUUAUAUAACAUAUUGUGUCAUUUAAAAUUAUUUUUAUAUAAUAUUGAAAUGUUAUAUUGUUUUCACAGCUACGGUCUAUUAGGGCCCAGCGGUUGUGGUAAAUCGACACUUAUCCAGUGUAUUUUGGGAGUGUUUCCAUUAGACUCUGGAUGCAUAAAAUUGGAAAUACGAAGUCAAUGCGAUAUUGGCUACAUGCCUCAAGUAUAUUAAGUAAAAAAGAAAAGGAAUUAAUUGUUCAUUUACACGUAUUUUUAAUUUUAAAGGAUUUAUGUUUGGAUGGUAAACUGACUGUCGAGGAAACUUUCGAAUACUACGGAAUACUUUACAAGAUGAAUGAAAGAAAUAUCAAAAAUAGGAUGGUCGAACUUAAAAAUAUUCUCAAACUACCGAAUUUUAAUAGAUUCAUUGAAGAUUUAAGGUAAAAAUAAAAAAAUAUAUUUAUAUUAGUUUCUAAUUCGUUGUUACUUUUCGAUCAAAGUGCCCGUCGAUAUUAAUAACUGUUAAAUCAAGUAUAAUCAAGCAGUAUAGUUUUAUUGGGUCUUGAAAAAUUGUGAACCGCAUUGAUCUUUAAUACAUAUGAAUAACGUGUAACAUUGGCAUCAGAGAUUUUCUUUUUCUCAGCAACACGAAACCGUAUAAAACCAAUAAUACUUAAUUCAUAUUCACGAUAAAAUAAUAUUUGUACCAAGAUGUUCGACUUGACAUUUCUUUUUUUUUAUAAUGCGUGUUAGACAAGGUACUUGAAGUGACAAAGUAUGAUAUCACAAAAAACUUGCUAUGGAAAUGAGAAUUAAAAAUACGUGAUCAAAAAUUUAAUAAUAUUUUACCGAUUUCACUGUUUGUUUGUAAUAAUAUAAUAAUUGUAUUGUUGAACAGCGGAGGUGAAAGCAGAAGAAUAUCACUGGCUAUAACUCUAUUGCAUGAUCCAAAAAUCAUGAUAAUGGACGAACCAACAGUGGGAAUAGAUUCCAUGCUCAGACACGAGUAAUAAUAUUAAUUUAAAAAAUAAUAUCGCUGUUUUUUUAAUGUCAAUUACAUAAAAACGCACUUUAGAAUUUGGGACGAGUUCAAGAGAAUAACUGAACAACAGAAAAAAACAAUUAUAAUUACCACUCAUUACAUCGAAGAAGCGAAUCAAGCCGACUAUGUAUGUAUUCGACAACCACAAUAUAUUGUGAAAUUAUAUAAGACGUUCAGAACGACAAACCAAAAUAAAAUACAAUAAUUUAAUUUAUACAAAGUCGUAGUCUAUACGAUUUUUCCUGGGUUGUAGAAUAAUGCAGUUCGAUAUACAUCGAAUAUUGUUUUAUUUUUGUGUACAUACAUAUAUUAUAGAUUUUUUAAGAGGGCGGAAUGUGAGAGACCAUCUGUAAUCUAUUAGAUUCUGGGUGGAGUGAAGAAUGCAUAUUGGUUGGACAAUGAUGUUUAGUUAUUUUUUUUUCCGUGAAUAACUUUUCAAUCUGAAAUUCUCCUUUGAUUUGUAUGUAUUACACCUUUUCUGAAAAGAAAUUUUAGUGGAGUGGUACUUUAGGGAGGUAGUUUUUUGAUUUUCCAGGGAUUUUCAUAAUACAUUAGAAAAUCCGGGAAAAAACGGGAAAACUUACGAAAUGUAUUAUUUUCAAAUCGUAAAUAUUAUCCUUAAUAUUAACCUUACAAAAAAACCGAAUAGAAUCGUUUUUUGUUAGCAAUGAUUAAUCGUUACGUACAGAUAUUAAAUUUCCUCUUUACCUUCCCAACUUCUCACCUACAACAGUGGCCCACACAUCGUGGUAAGUAUGUAUGUUUUUUUUUUUACGCCGAUUGUGCGCGUAAGUAGGUGAGCAAAUUGAUAUUUUUAUAUCCAAUAUAUAAAUUAUAACACCUAAUAUAUUAUAUAUUUUUGUAUAAAUAAUAAAUAAUACAUUUUUUUAUAUUUCCCGACAAGUAUUAUAAAACGCAACGAUACUUACUCCCUUGCUAUUUUUAAUGUAUUUUUCUAAUAUCGCAGGCAUUAUUUUGAUUGAUUGUUUAACAUUUGCAUUGCAUUAUAUUAAAAUAUAAUUCAUUUAAUCUUUCGUCGUUUACUUUUGUUUAUAUACUAUUAUAUCUAUUUAGUAUAAUAAUAUUAUUUACCGCGGCGCGAUUUCCGACUGUCGGUCUCAAUAGUCUUUUAACCGAACGUUUUAGAUUUUGAGAGCACCGUGGAAUAUGUUGGUUCUACUACAAAGAGGUUUUUUUUUUUGGCUUGUAAACAACUUUUCUGCAAGAAGCCUUGUUCAAUUCAAAAACGAAAAGAAUACUUUUUUGUGAAAAUUUGGAUCUAGUUGGUGAAUUGGGAGGUUGGUUUUUGAUUUUCCUCAUAGUUUUCUCAAUUUCUGAGAAAACUCGAGAUAAUAACUUUGCAAAAACGGGAAGCGUGGUAUUAAAACUAGUAUUGGACGAAUUCCUGAAAACAUCGGUACCGGUACCAUGAAAAAUAUUUUAUUUAUUUAAAUAGAUACCUAGUACUUGUAGUAGCUUGUUCAUCCCGCUUCACCCGAGUUACCAAAUAAUUUUAAGCUGUCUGGUAUCAAUAUCAGUAUAUUGAACGAAAAAAAAAGGUGAAAAUUCAUUCAGAUCCACUGAGCUUUGAGUUUUCACAUCAUUUUUUAAAAUAUUUUAUUGAAAAAAAAAAAAAAAACAGACAAAAAUUUGAGAAAAGUCAUUGCAGUCAAUGCCAGUAGUCAAAAACAUUUAUUUUAUAAUUACAUUAUCAAUAUAAGCUAAAUCAGAUUUAUUUCUUUGGAAUUAUCUUAAAUGAAAGAAAAACGUAAAUAAAAAUAAACGAACAAACUUUCUACGAUGGGUGGACCACUGUUGUAGGUGAGAAGAUGAGGAGGUAGAGGAGAAAUUUAAUGUAUAUCUGUAUGUAAAGAAUAAUCAUUGCUAACAAAAAAUGAUUCUGAGAGGAGUAGGUUGUAUGUGUUUUGAAAGACCGUAAUAUUUAAGAUUUUAAGGGUUUAUUAUUAAUUUUAUUAAGGUUUCGUAAAUUUUCCCGAUUUUCCCAUUUUUUCUCACUUACUAUGAAAACCAUUGGGAAAAAAUGACCUCUUCAAAGUACCACUCCAGUCAAUUUCCUUUCAGAAAAAGUGCUACAGUUGAAAAUCAGAGUAAAAUUUCUCAUAGAAAGUGUUAUUCACAGAUAAUAAAAAAAUUAAACAUUAUUGUAAAACCAAUAUUUUCCUCGCUUUGCUUAGAAUCUAAACAUUUUUUUAACUUAUGAGAUAUUGUAAUAGAUUUAAUAGACUGUAAUAAACUUAAUAAAAUUUAUGAUAAAGGUAAACUAUAAUAUUUCUUGGUAGAUUAUGUUGUUCGUUCUUUGAUUAGGAGUAUAUACAGAGUGAUCAAUCUAUCGUAAGACACUCGAUAUCUCGGAAAGUAUUAACUUUUUUCAGAAUUUAUUUUAUAGACAAUUUAAGAAACAUGCAGCUUUAAAAUUUUACAUACGUGUUAUUUUUUGUUAUGUAAAUAAGGGUGACAUUUUACGCCGUAGGAGAGUAAAAUCACAACCUAUUUUGAAUGUAAUGAAAUGUAUGAAAGUAUUGUAUUUUUCUUCUGUUUGUUUUGGAAAUAUUAUUUCGAGAUUUUGAAGGGCUCUCUACAUUUCGACAUUAUAAUUAUAAAUUUCAAUUUCUCUUUUAUUUUUCAUCUUGCAUACACCAAAUACUCGUAUUGAGAAAAAAACGAAAAUGCUAGUGACAAGAUAAUACCAAAAACAUAUGGCAACAUUCUAUAUCAACAAACACAAUAUGAUCAAAUUAUCAUCUUAACAUAAAACAAGUAUUAACCAUAUAAAUCAUUGGCGAACGCCGUUAAAAUUUACACGUUUUAUUAUGAUCAUUUUCGUGCACAUACACUUUAACGACACACACGCGAAUGUCGCAGUGAAACUUGUCUUUCAAAGAUUCAAAGAUGACGUUUUACUAUAGAUACCAUAUAUACCCAUCCUGUACAGCACUUUUUGCUUUAUUUCAUCCACGUUACCAACUUCUUAAUUUUUUUUCGUUUCAUUCGUGUUUCUAAGGUAUAACAUAACAAUAAUUUAAUAAUACCCAAAAACCAAAUUUCGGAGAUUGUUUUCAAUAGGGGUGGAUUUCAAUAGCUAUAAACCUUCUUCGGACAACGCGAUCAUUUUGCGAAAAACCGCAUAAAAAUUCGUCUAGUAGUUUAUGGCAUUAGCUGUUACAAAGGUUUAUAUAAUUACAUUGCGAUUUUAUAUUUAUAUAUAGUAAUUCUCUACUGUUACGCAGGUAGGUUUGAUGAGGAACGGAGUACUAUUAGAAGAAGGACCACCAGUGGAUAUUCUUUUAAAAUACAAUACGGGUACCUUGGAAUCGGCUUUUCUGACCAUAUGUUGUAAAGAAGAAGAUAAUAAUGUAAGUAAUAAUUAAUAAGUAUUCUUAUCUGUACGUGUAGAAAUACGUAUUGAUUAGACAGUACUAUAUACACAGGCUCGUCGUAAGAUAUUUUCUGUCCUAAGACCUAGCGUAAACAUUUUACUGCCGUAUUUUUUGACGAUUAUUAAUUUCAUUUUGCUGCUUUAAUUUCUUUCUUUAAAAUUAUAUGCCACUCUAAAACAACGCAUGGUUUGCUUGUACCCUAUCUAUGUGCCUGUUUGUACAUUAUACAUGUAUAUACCUAUUCUUUGGCAUACAUUUAUUAUUUCGGCAUACAAAAUAAUAUAUUUGUACAAUAUAUAUUAUUGUAUUCGAUGUGUACAAACUGUUAGUAAUUAAAUAAAUAAUAAACAAUAAUAAUUAUGAGUAAUUUAUAUUUUAUUUAGAUGGUUCAUAUGCCUGCAUUUAACACUGUAGUAACAGAUAAUAAUGGGUGGAAAAAACCGAGAAAAUCACCGAAAAAAAUUAUUGAUUAUAGUAGAAUUAAAGGGCUGUUGAAAAAAAAUAUGCGACUAUUCUCUCGGGAUUAUAUGUAAGUAUAUUUUCUAAAAUAUAAUACGGGUAUAAGUAUUAUUACAUUUAUUUGUACAUACUUGAAACAUUUAACAAAAUACAAAUGAUUAAUUAUUGCUAUGAUAUUCAAUAUAGGUUAAUGUUUACGACAUUGGUGUUUCCCAUAUUACAAACGGCACUCAUAUGUGCUUGUAUUGGAAACAACACUAAAGAUUUGAAAAUAGCUAUUAAAAAUGACGAGGUUAAUUUUUCGGAAUGCCGUUAUUACAAUAAUAAUAACGGGUGCGUUCUUGAAAAUAAAUCAAAUCAAACAUUGAGUUGCGUCAUAAUAAACCGUCUUGUAUCACUUGGUUAUGUUUUAGUAAGUAGUCGUUAGGCAGUAGACACGUUUUAAGAGUAUCCGGUUAUUUAUGAGUUUAUGAGUUGUUGGUGUGGGUGGCUUGUCCAUGAAUACUGUUCCUAAUUAGGUGGUGUGUAAGGGGAUUUUUCUUUCGAUCAACAGACAAUAAUACACCUUCUAUUCGUCGGUAAUCGAUGUCGGUAACGGAUUUGGGUUAAGAUAAUGUGUAUCAAUGUGUAUAAGUGGAGUUUAUCUAAGUAUUAUAAGUGUAUAUUAAUUACCAAUGGAUAGAUGGCGUUUUGUUGAUCGAAGUAAAAAAUUCCUCCAUAGCCGCCUAAUCAGGGAUAAAUUAUAACCACAAAUACUAAGCGUGUGUCCUUUCUUGUAUAUCUAAGUCUAGGAUAGAAGUAUAGAAAGAUAGAAUGAAUCCAUUUAAUGUAAAUAUUUGGCAAUUGGCUACCAUCCGUAGGAUGCAGAAGCUAUAGGACGCUAAAGAAUUUUAUUUUAUUUAUUUUUUUUUUUCGGUAAUUGGUAAACAAGUACUAACACUUCUAAUAUAAUAUGGGUGGUUUAAAAAUAUAUUUUAUCUGCUUAUAUUCAUCUACAAAAUAGUAUUGUUCCCUUAAAAUCAGUAAAACUAUAACCGUAUAAAGUAUAAUUAAUUAAUUGUAUGUACAGAACGAAGUAAAAGACCGUAACGUCGGAGAAUCAAUUAUUAAAAAACCCAAAUAUAUAGCCUUUAUCCAUUUUCCAAAGAACUAUACUAGUGAAUUUGCGAAAUACAUCGACGAUCAAGAUAAUUAUGAUCUACAAUUACAACCGUAUAUGGAUUUAAACAAUCAUAGUUAGUACCUAUAAAUAUAAUAUUAACUUAAUGUUAUUUGUAUCGUUUUAUAUUGUUGAACUACAUGUAUACUUAUGCAAUUUUAUGACACUAGACACCUUUUUUAAAAAUGCAAUGUUGGCGGAUAUAAUGGAGACGAUGAAGUAUUUAGUGCAGAGCGUUUUACACGAUUGUUCCAAUAAUCCAAAAGCGCUCGACGUACCCUUGGUAAGAUAAAUUAAUAUAUUUUGUUAAUAAUUUAAGGUAUGUACAUAGAAGUAUCUAAAAACCCCGAACAGUGGUGUGACGUGAAGAUGGUAUGUGUAUGUAGUACCAAUUUCUGCCCCUCAGCGAUUUUACUAGCACUUCGCCUGUGUACCAAACGAUAUAGUUUUUUCGUAAAAGUUAGUUUUCGAAAUUAGUGUUUUUAUACUUGCCGAUUCUCACGAUCAGCAAGCAAUUAUGGAUGUAUUUUUCUUAGUUCUCUUUUAAGUUUGGCCUUUUAACUACUACGUAACAAUUAUCAACAAUGAUAACUGUAUUUAUGAAAAUCAAAUAUAUAAUUAGUCAUAAAAUCUGUUUACAACUAUUAUAUUUAGUUUUAGAUUCGAGUAGAGCGAAGAAUGUAUUAAUUUUUUUUUAUGACAAGUGUUUUUUGUUUCUCUAUGUACAACUUUUCUACCAAAAACCUUGCCCUAAUCAAAAAUUCAACGAUACCUUUUUUGUUGUAUUUUGAAUCUGGUUGUUGCAUCGAAAACGUUGCUUUUUGAUUUUUUUAUUGGUUUUCAUAAUAAUUGUGAAAAACCAUAUCGGACGGUAACGUAUAAAUUCAUAAACGAUAAAUAUUUACGGCGUUAACGACUUUAUUUAUACACGAUUUUCGAUUUUUGUUUUCCACCAGAAAUCUUGCUCCAAAUGUCAAGAGUAACAUUUUUUCUGAAAGGAAGUGUUAGCUAAUUAGUGUCCAAGAAAGUCGUUUUUUUUUUCGUGUAGUCUUCUUAAUAACUGGAGAAAACCAGGACAGUGAAAAUUAAGCAAUAAUUAAUCGGCGCAGAUACAAAUAUAAAUUAAAUAACUCUAUUUAUCCAACCUUUCUAACUCCCCACCUACAACGGUCGCAUACCCUGUCAUCUGUUUAUUGAUAUAUAAUAUAAUGUUUUAUGUAAUUUAUUUUUUUCAGAAAUUUAUUACAGUCACUGGAAAAGAAGUCAAAUCGUAUAUCAACUCCAUAGUAUCAAUUUACAUAGCAAUGUAAUUAUAAGUAUUUGUUUAAUUAAUAAUAAUUAUUAAUUUUGAUUCUAUGGCAUAGCUGUAUAAUCGUGCGCAGAUGUAUAUAAUAAAUAUAACUAAUAUUAUUAUUUUAAUCACCAGCUACCCACACUACCCCUCAACAAAUUAUACUUAUAAAAAAACGGUAUAAACAUUAAACAAGUUAUAUUUAAACUGAAAAAGGAUGGACAUACUUCGCACGUGGGUGCAGCCACUGUUGUAGACAGGAAGUUGGGGAGACAGGAUACAGUAGGGAAUUUUAUGUACAUCUGUAAGCAAUGAUAAACCAUUGCUAACGAAAAAAUGAUUCUGUGUUGAGUUCAGUUGAUAGUGUUGCUUUGUCAACAAUAUAUAAUAUGUCAUAUUAUGGUAAAAUGAUUUCAACAUUGUGUGUUUCCAUGACAACAAUGAUUGUUUAAAAAAUAUUAAAAUAAUAAAAAAUAAAUAAAAACGGUUGCCAAUGACAAACUUAUUUUUAAUCUAAAGAACCAGGUUUUCAUCAUUAUCUUGAAUAUUAAUGGGAAUUUCAAAAAAUGAACUCUGACUUUCAAAUACCACCCAGAGAAUAUUUUCUCUCAGAAAAGUGCUAUACUUGAUAAUCCGAGUAAUUUUUCUGGUGGAAUAAGUGUUCACAUAAAAAAAAAAAAAUAAAUAAAACAAAAAAUAAACUUCAUUGUAAAACCAAUACAUUCCUCGCUCCGUUCAAAAUCUAAAACACAUAAUUAUAAAAUAUAUCAUUUUUCCAGGGCAAAGGACAUUUUUGUCCUAGUUUUUGGUACCUGCCUUACUUGAAAAAAAAACUCCAGGUGUGUUUAUAGUCAAACGAACCCUAUCCGAGCGCACGCCUAUAUUCUACGGGACUAUUAUUAGUUUAUCUUCCGUCUGUUUUAUUUUUUCGGCUUUGUUGAUGGUAAUUUUUUAAAUCGAAACUGGUCGUAAAUCAAUAAAACACACGUUAUUACUAAAACUAUAUUUAAUUUAAUUCCCCAGGCUAUGUUUUUUUUUUUAUAUAUUUCAGUUGUUUUUUUUCCAAUUUUAAUAUUAAUUUCUAUAUUGAACUCAACAAUUAUUAGAAUUUAGGAUAUAACCUAUAUAUUUUACGGCUAAUAAUAAGGUGAUUAAAGAAAAAAAAACCGAAGUAAACAUUAUAUAAAUAUCGAUUUUAAAACCGGUAAAUGUUUACAAUUUACAAUAAUUGAAUACUUAGAUACUAUAUACAUGUAAUACAUUAUAUUUUUACAAUAUAAAUAUACUUAUACUGUACAAAUAUACGGUAUACGAUAUAUGAUACAGUUUUGAAUUUUUAUUAUUUUUAUAGGGGAGCGUUUUAUUUUCCGUGUUUGUUUUCGGUGAGCGUAAUGCUCACAGAAAAAAUGGACGGAGUCCUCGGUAGAUCCAUGAUCGCAGGUGAUUGACCAUAAUAUUAUUUUUUUUUUAUGUUUUUAUACAACGCGAAAAAAAUUCUUCAAUUAAUUUUUAUUUUUAGGUGUCACAAAAAUGGAUUUAGUAGUUUCGUUGUUCAGCAUUACCAAUGUUCUGCUCGUGCUGCAAACGUUAGCUCCUUUAUGCAUAGCAUACGUAUUUUUCGGGAAUCCAAUAGAAAUCACUAACGGUCUAUUUACUUUUGGAGUUUUAAUAAUACUUUUGGGAUGGUCAGGUUUUUUUUACGGUAAGUUAUGGUAACCAAUAUGCAUUCAAUAAUAUUAAAAUUAAUGUAGUUUAUUGAAUUUAUUACUUUUACGUUCAGGUUUGAUCGUUGCGAUUAUAUCGCCGUCAAAGUUGGCGGGUAUUUUCAUCAUCAAUGGAUUUACCUACAUGCAAUCUACACUAGCUGGUAACAUUAUACAAAUUCUUAUGCAAACAUAUACAUUGGUUUUUUGAUUAUCAUGAUUUUAUGUUUUCCUAUAUAUGACGAGAAAUAUACCUAUAAUUAAGCAGUAGGCUGUAAUCGCAUUCACUAAUUGAUUAUUAUUAUAGCUAGUUGAUUUUACACUUUAUUUCUCUGAACUUUAAAAAAUUAUUAAAAGUAACCAAUUUAAUAAAAAUAAAAAGUCAAUAUAUCAAAAUGUUCAGACAAAUAGCCACCUAUUUAGAUAGGCCGUAAUAUUUACGAUUUUCGUUAAAAUUUGAUUUUAAAACUUAUAAAAAAAAUAAAAUACAAUAUUGCAAUUAAUUUUUAAUUUUUACCACUUAGUGGUACUUUUAAUGUACCUCCUGCAAAAUGUUCAAGCAUUUCUGUUUAGUCUACAAUUUAAUCGAUCGAGUAGCUAUCAAAUAAAAAUUAUUUAACUCACAAAAUUAAAAUAUCUAUAAAUAGCUCUAAAAUGGUUUAAAUAUUUUGAAAAUUUUACCAUAUCUUGAAAAAGCAACUAUACGUUUUUCGUCUAAAUUUCAAGUUUAUUCGAAUAUUUUUAACUGAAUUAAAUUUAAAAAAAAAAUUUUAAUUAUUAACAGAAUAUUGCUAUAGUCUAUACUUCAGAUAUAGUUUUCCGUUAAGAAAAGUUGUUCACAUACAGAAAAAAAAUACACUCGUAUCAUAGAAAAAUAAAUAGAUCCCUCACUUUGCUUAGAAUUUAAAAGUAUAAUUGUAUAAUCUCCGGAGGUGCCACAAUGAAUAUAUUUUUGUCCAAAAAUAAAAUCUCAUGAUCAAUUUUACUCAACAUUUUCGUAGAUUAGCUCAGAUAAAUUAUGAUAAACAAACACCUGUAUGUAUAGAAUUUGUUAUUUUUAAAUAAAAUCUUUAGUUUUGAAAUUUUUUGAUCACGUAAUCAUACAUUUAUAUGUUAUUAUAUUAUGCAUAAUAGGCUGUAUAUGGCCGAUUUCGGCACAGACGCCGGUAUUACAAGUGUUCAGUGAGUUACUUCCUAUACGUAUUGUUGGAAGUACGAUGGUCAGCAUAUCGUUGAAAGGCUGGACGUCGGAUCAUCCAUUGGUCAUACGGAAAACCGCAAUUAUGGUUUUUUACAAUGUGAUAUUGUUUUCGGUUUUGAUUAUUCUCGGGAAAUUAAAAAAAGACGUAUGGUUAAAACGCUAGUACCAAAGAUGGGCCCUAAAACAGUAUUCAUUCAAUCACCAACUCCGCUCAGAAUCUAAAAGUUAUUAUGAAUUAUGGUAGGCAUCAUUUUAUUGUACCUACGGCGAUAAGUUGAAGAUUUAAAUUAUAUAUACGCAGUGACGUGCCCAGGAAAUUUCAAUGGGUGUAACAAAUAAAAAUCUUGAAAAAAGAGUAAAAUCGUCUUCUCUAACCAUUCGACUUUGGGAACUAUAUGAAUUAGCAAUUUAAAAGCCGGAUCCUAAAAAAAAGCCAAUUUCUAAUCAAUACAUCAAACUUUUUCUCAGAAAAUUGCAGAAAUUUAUGAGUUUAGAUAUUAGAUUACUUAUAUUUUGUUGUAUUUUUAAGUCAAUGGGGGGAUAUAAUCCAUAACCUCCCCACCCAGCAGGCUACUGAACAUAGGUCUAUUUUUAGUGUAUUAAGAUAUAUAUUACAAUUGCAGU